AUGGGGCUUCUUGUCGCCCUGGUUCGCGCAGCUCAAGGAGCGCCUCAUGGUCAAUUCAGACUACCCCCGAAUAAUCAUCGAUACCGAUGCUACCUGUACGGAGCAGCGGGGCGCGUUCCCGACGAGCCAAAACGAUACGAGAGCAGCGACUGGCACACGCGAGAGGCUCUGGAGCUGCUGGUGCUAGUACACGCAGUUAGCAAGCGUGCGUGGCCGAAGAUUCUGCUGGACAAGUUGUCCCUGAGGUUCAGCAACGAAGAGGCCCUCUACGCUGCCAACGAUGACGAAUUCGUCGUCGUCGUUGGCAUCAUCGAUGCCAGAUACGCCUACGACGAUGAUUGGGCGGAGAUCCCUACCCUUCCCAAUAAAGUGGGCGACAACGAGCUCGUCGCCUAUAUGCAGGAGCUGCGAGAGCUGAUCGACCGGAUGAACAGCCACUGUACGCAGCAAGUUGCCCCCACUUCUGAAGCUGCGUUAAACCUCACGGAGGUUUGUGUGGAGAGCCUGCUUCAAGUGCUUGAAAGUGGAGGCCCGAUUGGCAGAUUGGACGUGUACGCCGCCUAUGAAAUGCCGAUUUCCUCAAAAGCCCUCGCAAACUUCUUCUCUGGCAUUUUCUCAGGGCCGCAAGACCCCUCGCUGAAGAUUCUGUCGAUCGACACGUUUCAGUUCAUAUGUGACCAGGACUGGCAUUUUGAAGCGCUGUGCUCCACGUUUCCCGUGGCUCGAACACCGAUUGGAAACCUAGAGCUAUGUCGGUCAGGUCCUAUGUGGUAUCAAGAAAAACCGUGCUGCGACCAGAUGAGGCUGUUAGCUGAGACACUCUUGUUCCCGCGUACAGCCAGUUGCACCUCGCACCCGUCCAUUCACGGCUUGGAUCUGUACUGCUCGGUUUUGAAGACGGCUGAUCUGGAGGAAAUUGCGACUGCCGUCAGCGAGAAAACGCGUUGGUGUGGCUCAGACAAAACCUCGCCGGUGGGAGCGCUGAUGGCAACCAACCCGGAUGGCCAAGGUGGCUUGGUUAACGUGACACUUCCCGGAUAUGGUAAAUGUCAAGUUCCACGAGAGGCUGUGGUGUUACAAGAAGAUGUGGUAGUUUCUGGAGCGGGGAGCGGCGAAGUAGGACGCAAAUCGAUCAACUCGCUGUCAGUUUGCGCAAAACUACUAAGUCAGAUCGGAUGGUCCUUACGCAGUCUCAACUUCUUCAUGAUGGACGAAUGGAUGACGAUGACAGCCAUACUGAAGUCGUGUCCAAAGUUGACGAGUCUGUACAUUUGCUUAUGUUUCAGCGUUGAUUUGAAGCGCCUCAUCACGACAUACGAGCACUUUCAAGCCCUCGACGCUCGAAGCGCUUUGGGUAGCGCUCAAGAACAAUACAACGUUGAGGACGCUGGAGCUUACCGUGCCACCAAGUGCCCUCAAGCCGUGGAAAAAGCGCUUUCGGCAAUUCCACGGCCAGGUCCUUCCCCCGGCCCCGGUCGAUCUGCCUUCAAAGCUUGCGUCCUCAGUGUGGCCUACGUCCGAGCCAAUGAAGGUGACAGGCACAGUAUUUUUCAGCGACUAGAUCCACACGUUGUGUCACUUGUUUUAGCGUUUGCUGCCGCUCGAGUGAUCCAGUCGGUGACAUUGUUUUAUCAGAUGUAA